GAAUUUUUGGGAAAUAUAUUAUAACCUAAAAAUUUCUGAAUUGGAAAACAAUCAGGAGAAAAGAAUCGUCACAUAUAAAAAGAAUGCCUUUAACUGCAAAACACUUGCUAAUAACAGGCCCGCCAGGUAUAGGAAAAACCACCCUCAUACAAAAGAUACACGUAAAGUUAAAGGAACGGGGAAUUCCUGUAAUUGGCUUUUAUACUGAAGAACUACGAAAUCAAUUCAAGAGGCGUGAAGGUUUCGAUGUGGUGACUUUAGAUGGAAAACGCGGGAGGUUGGCCAGAACAUCAGAGCGUGUGCUAGCCGACGAUCCUCGAACGUGCAGAGUCGGACAGUAUUAUGUUUUUCCCGAUGAGUUUGAAAAUUUGGUUCUUCCAAUGUUCAAAGAUGUGAAGGAGACGGUGUUGGUGAUUGAUGAGAUUGGAAAAAUGGAGUUAUUUAGUAAGAAAUUUGCGCAAGAGGUUCGAAAUGUAUUUCAAAGGACAGAUUUAUGUAUUUUAGCGACUGUUCCUAUUAAAAGUGGAGGAUUGCCACUUAUUGAAUUCUUAACUUCGAAUAACAAAGUUCUCACAGUUUCUCAAGAUAAUCGCAAUACAUUAUUGAAUGAGAUAUGUGAUGUUCUGGAGCAGUCUAUGGUUUCAUAGAUUUUUAGUAUUACCAAUAUUUAAUGUAAUAUACUUAUUAUAAAAUUGAAAUAAACAAGUAAAUAUUAUAUGAUAUAAAUAA